UCCACGUCGAAGGAAACAAGCGAGAAACGCCGGCGGCCAGCUCGCUCGCUCGCUCGGAAGGCUGUGUUGUUGUCUGGCUAGUCAGGUGAACAGUGUUGUGUGCGAUAGACUGCCAGGUACACACGAUGUCGUCCAACCUGCGCCAGACUCCGCUGACCUGCAGCGGGCACACGCGGCCCGUCGUUCAGCUGGCCUUCAGCGGCAUUGUCGACAGCGGCUAUUACGUCAUUUCGGCGUGUAAAGAUGGCAAGCCGAUGCUGCGGCAGGGCGACACCGGCGACUGGAUCGGCACCUUUGAGGGCCACAAGGGUGCCGUCUGGGGGGUAGCUCUCAACCCCGACGCCACGAGGGCGGCGUCCGGAGCAGCCGAUUUCUCAGCGAAGGUGUGGGAUGCGCUGUCCGGCGAGGAGAUCCACUCUUUCCAGCACAACCACAUCGUCAAGAGUGUCGACUUUAACGUUGUCGACCCCCAUCUCUUGGCCACAGGCAGCAAUGAGAAGCUGAUCAGAAUUUACGAUCUCAACAAACCCGAAGCAGACCCUGUUGUCUUUACUGGCCAUACUGCCUCUCUCAAACAUGCUGUGUUCUUCCGUGAAGGCUCCUGCCUUGUUUCAUGUGCCGACGACAAGACCCUGAGGGUCUGGGAUCGCAGUUCAGGACAGGAGAUCCAAAAGUUGGAAUUUAGUGCCAUUCCAAGCAGUCUUGAAGUUUCUCCAGAUGGAACAAUCAUCACCACAACUCACGGAAACUAUGUUAGCUUCUGGAAAGCUGAUACUCUGGAAAAAGUGAAGGAAGUGAAAGUGCCAACACAAGUAAACUCUGCCUCUCUGUCGCCUGAAAAGUCAAUGUUUGUUUGUGGAGGUGAAGACUUAAAGGUUUACAAAUUUGAUUAUUCAUCAGGGAAUGAAAUCGAGUCAUUCAAGGGACACUUUGGUCCUGUCCACUGCAUUCGGUUCUCGCCUGAUGGGGAGCUGUACGCUUCUGGCUCAGAGGACGGCACGCUGCGUUUGUGGCAGACAACCGUGGGAAAGACCUACGGCCUGUGGAAGUGUGUCGACGGUGUUCCAGCUAUCUUGCCUGAUCCGGUCGCCCCUCCUCAGGCCACGUAGGAAGGUGAUUUGUCCCACAGAAUUACGAAUUGAGAAGCGGGCUGUCCAAUCAAAUUUGCAAUCAGUUGUCUUUAGCUGUGACUUUGUUUAGCUGUAGAUCUCGAAUUCAUUUUCGUAGAAGGUGCUUUUGAGUGUGUUUUGACCGAAAUUCAGAUUACAAGCUAAAUUUAUUGCAGCCAUUUGUAUGGUCACGAUGCACCAAAUAAUUAAUAAUAUGAUAAACACCCCGACGAUUUUGUGCCUGAAAUGCUCAAGACAGCUGAUGAAUGUUGAAGUUAGAAGCUAUUUGAAGCGAAGAACCCCCUUCCAUUUACGCUAGACGAAAAGAGAAAUAUUUUUCAAGGACUGUGCGUGUCAAGGACAAACCUCUGGCUUGCCAGUAGAUUUGACAAGAGAAUUUGAAUAAGUGCUCCUGCAAGCCCUGAAGCAAAUUGCUACUUAUUUAUUUUUUGCACGUAAUGUUCUCUCUGAUUUUGCAUUUCCUGACUGAAAGCUUAGUUAAUUGUUGAUGCAAUAAAACCAGCAUUGACGAGGUUCAUCACAUAUCCAAAAAAUUAAAAAAGUGUUAGUUUAAUCAUGAUACUGUAUUUAUUUGCAUUGAGUUUCAAACACUUUUAAUUCUGUAGUGCACACUUAAUUCGACACUAUUCUUAAACUAAUUCAGUUAUAAGUGAUCACAGUAAAUCUUGUUUUUUCUUACAAUAAUAAAUUAAUUGUUGCGUCAA